UCCGAGCCGCGGGAGGCGCCGCCUCUCUGUGGGUUCAGGAUGAUCCUGCGGCCGCGGCUGCCUUGUCGCGGGAUGAAAGGCCGAGGUUGCGGCAGUGUGGGUUGCCGGCGCUGAGUGCCGCCGUGAGUUUGAAUGAAGUUGAUGAAGGAGUUUGCGUUAUUGUAGGAGUUCUGUGGAAGAUUCUGAGAAUGCUAUUGGUUGCAACAUCCAGUUGUUUUUGACUAUGACGUAAAAGGCAUUGUUUCAGAUAAUCUAUUUCAUGCUUGAUAGUAGUCAUUGAACACUGAUUUGGUGAAGGCUUCUUAGCCUGUUAAUGCAUAGAGUAAAGAAAAUUAAACUUGAAGAUCCGUCAGAAAGUUGUAAAAGGUCCGCAAGAAUAUUGGAAUAUUGUCAAUAUUAACCCGGUCCAUGGUGCAAAAAAGGGAAGUGCUUAUAUGAAGAUUUCCUGUACUUAAAAUCUCCCUGAUAAUCAUCUGCUGAGAAACUGAAAGAAACAUCGAACAGCUGAUUGUCAACGUGGUUUCAGUACAUCAAACGAAAGUUGCACACUCGCCUUAUUUACUAGAUGGCAACACAGUGAGGAACUUGGUCCUGGCACUAAGAACAAUAAUUUUAUAUGCUGUGUAGCAACAGUUGAGGAGAUGGCCACAGUAGAAACACUGUCCGAAAACACAGUAGCAGAAGAUAUGGAAGAUGAAUCCUCACCGUUCUACGUUGAGAAGCACACUUGGGAUGGACUCAGAGAGAUUAUCCACAGCAGCAGGAAGUACCCUGGCAUUGUCAUUAACAAAGCACCUCAUGAUUUCCAGUUCAUUCCAAAAAAUGAUAAAUCUGGGCAUCAUUCCCAUCGUGUGUAUUACUUGGGGAUGCCUUAUGGGAGUAGAGAGAACUCUCUUUUGUAUUCUGAAAUCCCAAAAAAGGUCCGGAAGGAUGCCUUAUUGCUGCUGUCUUGGAAACAAAUGCUAGAUCAUUUUCAGUACCAACAUCAGACCCUGAGAGUCAGUGACCAAGAGCAAGAUUAUCUCAGAGAGGCCACGCCACACCAUGGGAUGUACUCACGUGAAGAGGAGCUUCUGCGUGAAAGGAAGCGCCUUGGAACAUUUGGCAUUACCUCAUAUGACUACCACAGGGAUAGUGGACUUUUCCUCUUCCAAGCUAAUAAUAGUCUUUUUUAUUGCAAGGAUGGUGGGAAAAAUGGAUUUAAUAUAUCGCCAAUGAAGCCAGUAGAGAUCAAGACACAAUGUUCAGGACCUCGAAUGGAUCCCAAGAUAUGUCCAGGAGAUCCAUCUUUCAUUUCAUUUAUAAAUAAUAAUGACUUGUGGAUAUCAAACAUUGUAACUGGUGAAGAGAAACGAUUGACAUUUUGCCAUAAAGGUUUGCCUAAUGUAAUAGACGAUCCCAAAUCUGCAGGAGUAGCAACUUUUGUAAUACAGGAAGAAUUUGACAGGUUUACAGGUUACUGGUGGUGUCCUACAGGAAAUGAAGAUUCAGAUGGUGUGAGAACUUAUUAUCUCUUGUAUGAAGAAGUAGAUGAAUCAGAAGUGGAGAUCAUUCAUGUCCCGUCCCCUGCAUUGGAAGAGAGGAAAGCUGAUGCCUAUAGAUACCCAAGAACAGGGAGCAAGAAUCCCAAGAUUACCCUUAAAUUAUCGGAGUUCAAAACAGACAACCAUGGGGCAAUCCUGAGUACACAAGACAAAGAGCUGGUUCAGCCAUUUGAAAUUCUUUUUCCUGGCAUUGAGUACAUAGCACGGGCUGGAUGGACAAAAGAUGGAAAUUUUGCCUGGGCAGUGUUACUAGAUCGCCCUCAACAGAGACUCCAUUUAGUACUGAUCCCAACUUUAUUAUUUAUUCCGUUAACCAAGGAUGAAAAUGAACGGAUUAAGUUUUUGGAGGCUGUACCAGAAAAUGUUCAUCCGCACAUUAUUUAUGAAGAAAUCACUGAGAUUUGGAUAAAUGUGCAUGACAUAUUUUAUCCCUUUGUACAAACUAGAGAUGAUGAAUUGACUUUUAUUUGGGCAAAUGAAUCACAGACUGGGUUCUGCCAUUUAUAUAGAAUGACAUCAGUUUUGAAGCGAGGCUGCUACCAGUGGGCAAAACAAUUCAGUCCGGGUCCAGAUGAUUUUAAAUGCCCAAUCAAAGAGGAGGUUGCACUAACUAGUGGUGAGUGGGAGGUGCUUGCAAGACAUGGCUCAAGGAUCUGGGUGAAUGAGGCUACAAAGUUAGUUUAUUUCCAAGCUACAAAGGACACUCCAUUAGAGCAUCAUCUCUAUGUGGUAAAUUAUGAAUCUCCAGGGGAAAUAGUUCAACUAACGAAAGCUGGCUUCUCACAUAGCUGCUCAGUGAGUCAGAACUUUGACAUGUUCAUCAGCCAUUACAGUAAUGUCAGCACUCCUCCCUGUGUCCACGUAUACAGACUGACAGGCCCGGAAGAAGACCACCUGCACAAAGAGCCAGAAUUCUGUGCCAGUAUGAUGGAAGCUUCAGGUUGCCCCCCUGAUUAUGUGCCACCUGAAAUUUUCAGCUUCCAUAGUAAAUCUGGAUUUAAGCUGUAUGGCAUGCUUUAUAAACCUCACAACCUGCAGCCAGCCCACAAGCACCCCACGGUCCUUUUUGUUUAUGGAGGACCACAGGUACAGCUGGUGAACAACUCAUUUAAAGGAAUAAAGUAUUUGAGGCUGAAUACACUGGCAUCACUUGGCUAUGCAGUAGUGGUGAUCGAUGGCAGGGGAUCUUGCCAGCGUGGUCUUCUGUUCGAAGGUUCCCUCAAAAACAAAAUGGGCCAGGUAGAGAUUGAAGAUCAGGUGGACGGAUUACAGUGGGUUGCAGAGAAGUAUGGCUUCAUUGAUCUUAACAGAGUUGCCAUCCAUGGUUGGUCGUAUGGAGGUUUCCUCUCCCUCAUGGGUUUAAUACACAAGCCUAAAGUCUUCAAGAUUGCCAUAGCUGGUGCCCCAGUCACAGUCUGGAUGGCCUACGACACUGGUUACACAGAGCGUUACAUGGACAUCCCAGAAAAUAAUCAACAGGGUUAUGAAGCUGGUUCAGUGGCGCUACAUGUUGAUAAACUACCAAAUGAGCCCAAUCGUUUGUUGAUUCUGCAUGGAUUUUUAGAUGAAAAUGUGCACUUUUUCCACACAAAUUUCCUAGUCUCACAAUUAAUUAGAGCUGGAAAGCCAUAUCAGCUUCAGAUUUACCCUAAUGAGAGACACAGUAUUCGCUGCCCUGAGUCUGGAGAGCACUAUGAGAUAAUGCUGCUACACUUCCUACAGGAAUACCUCUGAGAAAAACAAAAUCAACAGUUAAGAAACACAAGAAAUGAUUUUAGACCAUUGCUGAUAUUCAGUCCCUGGUGACUUGCUUUGUCAAACAGGAUAUUUGCCAACCUCACACUCUCCCCAGAAAUCUUCAGUCCUAACCAGUUUAACAUUUUCUUUAUGACUUCAUUUCUGAGCAAGGGGAAAUACUGAAUUUGGUUUAAAACUGUGAUUUAAUAUGACUUGCUAGCCUGAAAUUACUUGGUUAAAUGUACAUAAAUGUAAACAAUGCAGUUUGGAGUUGGGAGUUGAUUCACUUAAUUGUAUAUUGGCAUUGAAUACAACUUUUCUUUUUACAUGCCUUAAACUCCACGAUGGCUGGAAAUGAGCAAAAAUAUCUGAAAUAACUUCAAAAGACUUGUCCAAGCCUGCUGUUGGGAAUUUGAUGUACUUUGUCCUUUGGCUGAUCGGGUUAGCAGCCACAUUUCUGAAAUUCAUCCCCAUAGGAACUUAGUCUCACAUUGCCAUUUAGUGUAAGACUUGUUUUUAACCUUUGCAAGUUGCACCACCCAGGGAGUGUGUUUCAGGGCAGGAACCAACUACAACUUUACUGAGUAUUCAAAAUGUGUAUCAAAAGAAAAUAUUUUUAUGAAUUCUUAUUCUUUUAUAAUGAGUGUAUGGCAUUGUAACUCAUUAAAUAAUUGUAUCACUUAA